AUUAUUUCGCGUUUAUAAAAUAUCAUAAACGACGUUGAUUAUUACAAAAUUUCAUUUCAACGAGAAAGAUUUCGUAAUAUAAUCAAAGGUUGGAAGAGAGAUAAAUCGAAAUGGGAGUGGUACUGAUGCUGCUGCUGUUGCUGGUGCGCGGAUUCAUUCGAGGUUAACCGAUUACCCUGUACCUUCUCGCGCCUGACUGCUACUCUCGAGUGACCCUAUCUCGAAGGGUAAUUAGUCGUUAGAGGUGGACGAGAAGGGUUGUUAAAUAUAUAUAUAUAUAUAUACACAUAUAUAUAUACUAGUUUUACAUCGUCACAUGUCUUUAUUCACCGUCAUGCUGACCACCACGUUGUUGUUGUUACUCUUCCUCCUGCAUGGACCAACACUCGUCCUAACAGAUAACUUGGCACUUUUGUCAAGCACCCUGAAGACCUAUCAACGUGGUUCCUGUGACGAAGAAACGAUGACGUUAAAGUGUCCACCCGGUACAACGGUGUCAGUAGCCCUCGCACAUUAUGGGAGAGCUUCUGAAAGUGGAACACAAAACUGUGGCAUACCAUCAUCAUCAUCAUCAUCAUCAAUUAAACAUUCAUCCAAACAUUCAUCCAAAUUUUCAUCCAAUUUUGCUAUAGAUCAGAAUCAACAAAACAACGAUCAGAAUCAGCAAAACAACGAUCAGAAUCAGCAAAACAACGAUACGUGUUUGUUACCUAGUUCUUUACAGUACUCACUGUUGCAGACUGUCGUCGAGAUGUGUCGGAAUAAGAGGCAGUGUAAAUUCAACACAAGUCCGAAGACCUUCCAAGGGGAUCCCUGUCCUGGUCUUCGAAAAUACGUCGAGGUCGCUUACAAGUGCAGUCCUUACGAAUUCAGGAGGAAGGUGGUUUGCGAAAACGACGUUGUUAAUCUCACCUGUCACCCUGGACAGAGAGUGGCCAUUUUACGUGCGUCCUUUGGUAAACCGGAGUACGAGUCCUUUCAGUGUCCGCAACCUCACGGACUGAAAAACGAUACCUGUACGGCGACUUAUGCUACUGAGACUGUAAUACAAAUGUGCCAUGGAAAACGACAUUGUUCCAUCGUGGCGAACAGCACGACGUUUAACGACCCAUGCAGACCGGAAAUCAAGACGUAUUUCGAAGUCGUUUAUACGUGUGUACAACGUUGGAUCUUGAGGGAACAGUAUCAAAGUGAUUUAGAAUCGGACGAGAUGAAUUUGACGCAUAAAAAUGACGAAGGUUUCGACAGGGUCGAUUUCAGAGCGGAAUUCAGUCCAAGUCCAAAUCUCGAAGGGCCACAACCUCAGCCAAGGGACAACGUUUCGCGAAACAAUUUCCCGACGGUCAGUUCAUCGCCACCACGUGCUAGGACCAACAACGACGUGGACAACGCGUUGAACAAAUUAGGCUCGGUUGGUAAAGAAGGGAAAAUUACCAAAGAAAAAGACAUAUCCUUAUCGGCCGUGGUAACCACGGGAAUGAUAAUUGGCAACAACAAGGGUGGUAAUAGUAGUGCCCUACCUACGACGGUAUCACCGUCUAACUGCACGACGGUCGUCUACGCAGUUCCCGACGAAGAUCGUAUGGUUGUCGGAUAUCUCAAUGAAUGGAUCAAUGCCUACUCAUUCAUAUCAAACAAUCAAGAAAAAUUUUACCUCUACAUCAUCGUGUCCGUCUCCGGUGGUGUUCUCGUAUUUUUGGGCUUGGUGAUUGGCAAACUUCUAUUGAGUCGUCAUCGUGCUAAACGAGAUGCAAAAUUCCACGCAAAUAACGAAGCACUACCAAAUGCAUUUACGGACAACAUCUCCGAGGUUGACGCGAACAUCGAUCUCACAACGCCAGUUCCGGUCCCGAUGCAGGACACCAGAAUACCGGAGACUCAACUGGCCGAGAGACUACACGGUAGCGAACGAUAUUACACAGAUACUAGGAUACCGUUGUCGCCUAACAGCAUUCACACGGCGCCAAUUCAUCAUGCAACGAGCACGACGACGACGGGUGUCAGGGUCGAUCUGGGUAACCACAUGGUUGGCACGGACAGUCUUCAUACGAUUUUACGCACGGAAAAUCCUCGAAGCCUCAACACCAAAAGCUAUUACUACGGCUGACACGAGGAAGGGGUUGUCCCUCGCGAGGGACGACCCCCAUCCUUGAGUCCCGUGCCGGAAGUUAGCAUGAGAAAUUAUUGCUUCUAAAUUGCCACCGACUGUCAGAAUAAAUUUCCCAUAUUCUUCAGCAUACCAAACCACCACACGAUACAAACAAGUCACAUCCCCCAUACGACGUACAUUAAUACAUACAUACAUACAUAUAUACAAGGUGUACGUUAAAAAGAUAAAACGAAACGUACAUAUUAGGCUGAUAUGACAAACCGCUGUAAACACGUCCUCGUCGUCAGUGUAUCUCGAAAUUUUGAAGAAGGAUUUUCUCCACGUUACACACAAUUUCCAUAUUUUUUCCUAUUCCCUUUUUUCCUAUCUAGUAUUCAUCUUUUUCCUUCUGGGUUCUUUUAUUUUUCUUUUCUUUUUCUUUUUUUUUUUAUCAACCACGAAAGAACGAAGCUUAUGCGAUGAGAAGCGUUGAGGAAAAAUCGUUUGAAUAGGAAGCACGAAGAGAAGAAAAUGUAUCAAUGCGUAUAUCCCUUGAGUAUCGAAACGAAAAGAUGGAAAAAUCGAUAAAGUCGUUUCACCUUCUUCUUCUUCUUCUUCUUCUUCUUCUUCCUCGAGUAACACGCAAUACAACUGUACUUCUGUACAUUUGAUGGAACUCGAUUUAUAGGAAUGCGUUUUAAAAUGAUAUAUCCUAUCACGAAAGAAAGAGAGAGAAAGAAAAAGAGUUUACUGAAAAAAGGAAUCCUAAAAUGUUCGAGUAAUAAGAUAUCACACGUACAUAAAUACCACUACUACAUGCACAUAUUUAUAUAUAUAUAUAUAUAUAUAUUAUCGUCACGAAAAUUAUCGAAUUAAAAUCCAUUCUCUUGCUGAAACUUUCUAAUAAUUACAACACAAGGAAUAAAUAAUACCGGAUGCGAGAAAAAAAAAUGCAUGGUCCAAGAAUAUAAAAAUGGGAAUGGAUUAAUAUAUUAUAAUAGAUUAUGCUCGAGUUACUUUCGACGAGAUUUACAGCGGUUUUGUUUAAACUGACGUGAGACACCAUUGUUUUCUCAUUUAUAAACGUUACGCAGCUUAACGUUGCCGCGAUGAGAUAAGAAAAAUAAAAUAAAAAAUAAAAAAAGAAAUAAAUAAAUGAAACACAAGAAAAGAGACGAGAGAAAAGUUUUAUAAUAGUUAAAAAUUAAUUGUAAUAUGUAUAUCACAUUUGUAAAUACGAUUGUGUAAUUUACAAUUUAUCUCUUAAGAAACGGGAAGAGUGUUACGUGUUUAAAACCGGACGGACCAUAGUUACAAAUAUAUUUCUCCGUACCAUCGAAGAAAAAUCGAUUUUCUAAUCAAGAAAUUAAUAAAAAAAAAGAAAAAAAAAAAGAAAAAAUAAUAAAUUACGCCGCGAUUACGAUAACGCUCAAGUUCAUUUUCGAGAUCGUUAAAAUGAAUUAUGAUGAAAAGAGGACAAGUAAAAAAGAGAAAAAAGAAAAAAUAGGAGAGGAGAAAGAAAA